AACCAGAACACUCCAUUACAUAUCGCUGCCUCUAGAGGACACACAUAUACAGUGGAGAGGUUACUACAUAUUGGUGCUAAUGUGAAUGCUGUCAAUAAAGCCGACGAGACUGCAAUUGAGUAUGUGAGGUCUAAAAUUGGUACAGGAAGUAUUCUUCAGAACAAAUUUUACGAAGAAGCUGAGAUAUUGUUGAUUAAAGUGAAAAAGGAACGUGACUAUAAAAUACUGCAGAAGGAGCCUGGAAUCCCCAUCGACGUAACAAAACUACUGUUUUGUGGAGAUGGAGGUGCAGGGAAAACAACUCUGAAGAAGUCUUUACUCAAAGUGUCCAUUGCCACAUCUCACCAAAAGUCACAUGACAAGGUGUCCAUUGUCAUGGCUCACCAAAAGUCACAUGACAAGGCAUCCAUCGCCACAGCUCACCGAAAGUCACAUGACAAGGCAUCCCUUGUCACAUCAACCCAAAUGUCACAUGACAAAGAGUACAUUGUCACGGCUCACCAAAAGUCACAUGACAAGGCAUCCAUUGCCACAGCUUACCAAAAGUCACAUGACAAGGUGUCCAUUGUCACGGCUCACCAAAAGUCACAUGACAAGGUGUCCAUUGUCACGGCUCACCAAAAGUCACAUGACAAAGUGUCCAUUGUCACGGCUCACCAAAAGUCCCAUGACAAGGCAUCCAUUGCCACGGCUCACCAAAAGUCACAUGACAAGGCAUCAAUUGCCAUGGCUCACCAAAAGUUACAUGACAAGGCGUCCAUUGCCAUGGGUCACCAAAAGUCACAUGAUAAAGCAUCCAUCGCCCUGGCUCACCAAAAGUCACAUGACAAGGCGUCCAUCGCCACAGCUCACCAAAAGUCACAUGACAAGGCAUCCAUCACUACAGCUCAACAAAAGUCACAUGACAAGGUGUCCAUUGUCAUGGCUCACCGAAAGUCACAUGACAAGGUGUCCAUUGUCACGGCUCACCGAAAGUCACAUGACAAGGUGUCCAUUGUCACGGCUCACCGAAAAUCACAUGACAAGGCAUCAAUCGCUAUGGCUCACCAAAAGUUACAUGACAAGGCGUAUAUUGCCAUGGGUCAGCAAAAGUCACAUGAUAAGGCAUCCAUCGCCACAGCUCACCAAAAGUCACAUGACAAGGCGUCCAUCACCACAGCUCACCAAAAGUCACAUGACAAGGCGUCCAUUGCCACGGCUCACCAAAAGUCACAUGACAAGGUGUCCAUAGCCAUGGCUCACCAAAAGUCGCAUGACAAGGCAUCCAUUGCCAUGGCUCACCAAAAGUCACAUGACAAGUUGUCCAUCGCCACAGCUCACCAAAAGUCACAUGACAAGGCGUCCAUUGCCACGGCUCACCACAAGUCACAUGACAAGGCAUCUAUGGCCACACUCACCAAAAGUCACAUGACAAGGCAUCCAUUGUCACGGCUCACCAAAAGUCACAUGACAAAGCAUCCAUUGCCAGGGCUCGCCAAAAGUCACAUGACAAG